GCUCCUUCGUCACUAAUGCGGAUAAUGGUUUAUCCCUGGAUGAUGUUAAGACACUCAGGCAGAUAGUAGGGCAGUUGAGGUAUUCAUAGCAAAUAUUCUUUUUCUCGAGCAUACUAAAAGGGGAAUCUGAAUUUGCAAAUUAAGACACACAACUGAUUUGUGUGGAAACAUGGAUUCUAGAAUAUUUCUGAAGUAGAUUUUGUAUAGGAGUCUCAGGUAUAUUCAGUAUGGAGUCCUAUGGAGAAAUGCCAGAACAUAGCAAGUUUCAAUCUGGAUUGGUCAGAUCAGCUGCUGGAUGGCAAAAGGCUCACUCCCGGAGCAGCAGCACUGCAUCCUCUCGUCAUUCACGACAGAAUAUAAAAGACUGGGAGAUAAUGGAGGAUCUGCAGGAGAAUUUUGGUGCCAGUGUAGAGACCAUGCGGGAUAUGAGUCCUCCUGGCAUCUGUGAAGGCUACUUGAUGAAGAGGAGAAAAUGGCCACUCAAAGGCUGGCACAAGAGAUACUUUGUAUUGGAAAAAGGGAUCCUCCGAUAUUCCAAAAACCAAUAUGAUUGCUCUAAAGGGAAAUUGCAUGGCUCAAUGGAUGUUAGUCUUGCAGUGAUGUCAGUAAACAGAAAAGCCAGACGGAUAGACCUGGAUACUGGAGACAGUCUGUAUCAUAUCCAGGCAAAGAACAAUGAUCUGUACUGCAUUUGGGUAACCAAGCUAAGUGCUCAUCGCAUGUACAAAAGGAACGAGGCAGCACAUGUUCAUAACAGCUUACUACAGGCUCUCUCUGAUGGUAGCAAUGCUCUUCAGGUCAAUGGAGCCAUGCAAAAUGUGUGCCAGAGCAUGUCUGACUCCCACCUGGGUGAUAUGGCAGCUCAGAGUGAAGAUGUGCAUGCUGCAGACACUGGUAUCAAUGGGAAAGUGUGUGCCUGGCUGUGGCAGGCCCAGGACCCAGACAGCUGCACUGAAGAACUGAACCGCUGUCAAAUAGAUCUGAAUGAUUUAAAUCGGUUGGUUCUGAAGCUGCACACUUUGGAGUUAGACAAGGCUGUUAGCAAUGGGGAACUGAAGAAAAUCAUCAGCAUGCAGAAUCUUUCACUUGAAAAACCCAAGAAGAAAUCUGGCAGGUUAUGGGGACACUCUCAUACACUUGGAGUGCCACUGCGUAGGAUUACUAAAUCGUUCUCAUCAUCCCACCUGGGUAACUCUGUGCCCUCCAUCCCUGACUAUGUCUACACACAGUUUACUCCCUCAGCCACCUCUAGCUCCCCUGAAAAAAGAAAGAUCUACCAGGACAUCUGCAAUGUGUCCCAAAGAGUGCAUGCCUCUCUGAGGUCUGUGCAUGAGGCACUGUUUCAGGAACGCCAGCGCCUACAGGACACCUGGUCCAGCAGUGAUCUUCGCCAGAACACUUCAACUCAAAUUAAUGACAUAUGUAGCACCCUGACAGAAUUAGACAUGAAGUCCCGGCAAACCCAAAUCCACACAAGGUCAGAGUGCUCUGACACUUCUGAUGAAUCCUACCACACUGUGACCCUCAAAAAGUCCGAAUCAAUAUGCCGUGCCUCAGUGACAGACUCAGUGGCAGAGUAUUUUGAUGCACAUGAUGAGAUAUGUAACAGUUUCUCUGAGGCAUCAGAUGAGUCGGGUUUAAGUGAUGCCUCCAGUAAUUCUGAGCCUGAAGAAGACCAUGUAACAGCUACGCGGAAGUACCGUGCUAGUCUUUCUAAGGCACCUGCAAAGUCCAGCUGCAUUUUGGGGAGCACUGGCCACCGCACCAAACUUCCUGCAGUUUGCCCUGAUAACAGUCAUGUAGGCCUUAUAGCUAUCCUUUAUAACAACAUUGGGAAAGAUCUGUCACGUGUAUCCAUGCCUGCAGCCCUGAAUGAGCCUAUCAAUCUACUCCAGAGGCUCUGUGAGGAAUUGGAGUAUUCAGAGCUACUGGACACAGCCAACCGUACUGAUGACCCGUAUCAGAGAAUGGUGUACGUUGCUGCCUUUGCUAUCUCUGGUUAUACUACAGCACAGUAUCGUAACCGUUAUAAGCCCUUUAACCCAGUGCUGGGAGAGACAUUCGAGUGUGUAAGAGAGGACAGAGGUUUCCACUAUAUUAGUGAACAGGUUUGUCAUCAUCCACCCAUCUCUGCUUGUCAUGCUGUCUCUGACAACUUUUGCUUUUGGCAGGAUCAGCGAUGGAAAAAUAAAUUCUGGGGAAAGUCUUUGGAGAUUAUGCCAACUGGAAUGGUGAAUGUGACUCUAUCAAGGUAUGGAGAUCACUAUGAAUGGAAUAAAGUGGUGACAUGCAUUCACAAUGUCCUGAGUCAGCAGCGCUACCUAGAGCACUAUGGUGAGGUAACAAUCCGCAACCUAAAUAGCCCAGUCUGUACCUGCAAGAUCACAUUUGUUAAGUCACGCUAUUGGGGCUCAGAUGCAAAUAAAAAUGAGGUUCAAGGCCAAGUACUAGACCAGAGUGGUAACGUAAUUCACCGAUUCGGGGGAUUCUGGCAUGAGGGGAUAUUCUGUGAUACUCUACACAAUCCACAAUGUGUUUGGAAACCAUACCCUCAGCCUAAAGACUACAUCCUCUACUAUGGCUUCUCCAGCUUUGCAAUGGAAAUGAAUGAGUUGACCCCUGAACUUGAACCGUUGCUUCCCCCAACAGAUACACGACUACGUCCAGACCAAAGACUGGCUGUAUGUAAAUAUGCUCCACCUCACUACUGUGGCCAGAUUGUUGGAGGAAGGCAGGGUGGAGGAGGCAGACAAAAAGAAAGAUGAGGUGGAAGAAAAACAGAGAGAGUGCAGAAAGAUUUUGGCCAAGAGAGGCGAGCAGCACAUCCCUCGUUUCUUCAGGUAAGAGGAGUGAUCAGAAUAUCCAAAAAUGAUUUUCUGAUUUUUGGUUGUUGAGCGUGCCCUGUCCUUUUUCUUUUGGAGGAAAUCUGUUGAUGCGGCUGGUAGAGAAGUGUGGCUCACUAAUGGAACUUACUGGAAGCUCAGAGAGAAUCCUGGAUUCGCAAACAUGAAAAACUUGGAAUUAUGGUGAAGUCUCAGUAGCGUUUGAAGAGUUCGAGACUUUGGACUGUAAAACUUUCUUGCAUCUCUCUUAAAGUACAUGGACUUGAAAUGGUAGAGCACAGAUGAACUGGCUAGGACAGACUGGCCAAGGAAAAAGCUCUUAAACAAUAACCAAGAUUUUCUCUUGUUAUCUAUAGAAGUAAACAAGCUUUCUCUUCUAUAUAAACUGUACAAUUAAACCAGUUUAUUUAGGGGGUUAAUCCAACUUUUCCACUAAAUUCCUCAAAAUGAUUGCUGUGUAAACAGGACAUAAAGUUGGCAGGAUCAUGAGUUGUAGCAAAAAAAGUAACCCUGAACAGAAUCAUUAGUGAAUAUGGGCCACUCCUGCCUUCAUGAAUAAAACUAGCUCUUCUUUUGGGUUUAAUGGGUUCCCUGUACUGACAAACAAUUGUAACUUAACUGAUGCACAUUUGAAAACAUUCCUUAAUCAGAAAAUGUCAUUGUACAGAAUUUAUCGUACUGUAUGUGUGUAAAUGAAAAUAGGAGUAAAGAGAGAUUUUGAAUCACACUGAAUUUUAUAGUACUCUGGCAGUAUAAAAAUUGAAAUUGUUUGACAGAGCCAUAAAAUUGUUCUAUUAGUUUAUGCACAUAUAUUCAGUCAAAUGAAAAAUCAUGUGUAAUAUUUACUUUUCAUACAUUAUUAUAAUACUUUAAAUUACUUCUACCAAAUGGUUGUUUAUCUGGCUACUUGACUUAUUUUUUUUUUAUUUUUACUUUUUUUUAAAUAAUUUAUUCUCUUAUAAUUUAUUUAUUUUUUUUUGCUUUUUCAAAGUCAUCACUACAGAAGAGCUUCCUGUAAUAGGAUUAUUCUAAGUGGGAUUAGAAAAAGCACUUCCUUAUCCUGAAAGCUGUGUUAGGCUUUGCAUAACCAUGGUGCACACUGAAAUAUUAUUUAAUGAUAUUAUUUUAUCAUUAUUGAAUACUAGCCAUUUCUAACAAAGAAAAGAUUCAUAAUGAAAAAUGACAUUUUAUUAUAGUUAGAACAAAUCAAAUACAUCUUUUCAGUCUGUACAGUUUGUUUGCAUUAUUUGAGGGAGGGUUCAUGUUAUUUAUGAACCUUGGCUUUAAGUUGACUUUGGAGAAAAUUAAUUUACAUAUUACAGAAUAUGCUUAUCAUUCACAAAGAAGAGUGUCAAACCCAUGGUUCAGUAAAACAACAUAAAAAUAUAUACCUUAAAGACAAUCUGAUAAUGGCAUUAUUAGUCCAUAAAAAAGAAACUUUAAAGGAGAGACUUGGGGGGCUUGGGGGUAAAUUCCAUCACAUGCAGCAAGAUGCAUAUAGAUGUAUUUGGGUGCAAAAUGGGGUAUUCACUAUGCAUAUCAAAUGUAAAUAAGGGACUAGUGGAUGGGAGCAUGUGUCCACACAGCUGAAACAGAUUCAUUACAUGAGCCAAACCACUCAUUUUGACGUAUUACAGUCUCAGGAAUCAGAUGAAGAUUUCUUCAAAUAUUAUUUAAUGUGCAUAGAUCUACACCUUUUUUUUUUUUUUUUUUUUAAACUUU